AUAUAGUUGUUAAAAUUUUUGAAUAGUGAAUAGAAAAAAUCAUGAAUUUUUUAAAUGAAAACUAAGCAUUAUUAUAAUAAAAGCAGUUGGAGUUUCAAGUGUAUUUUAGACAUUCUAUUGUUUUCUUCUAAAUAAGUAAAGUAUGACUCACCGUUACCUUUACACAUCACGACUCAUUUCACAUUAUUUUUUAUAACAAAAUGUUCUUACCUUUUAUCAUGAUGAUAUCGCUUAAGAAAUAGAGAGAGAAAAAAAUUCGAGUGAAAAAAGUCUAGAAAAUUACUGAAACUCGAGACAAAAAUUUAUUGUAAUAUUGUUCAAAGAAAAUAUAAUAUUCGUCUUUUGGAGAAACAAAAGAAUUGAACAUCAAUUUUUUGUGCUCAUCUGCGCCUUUCCCAUGGGUAUAACGCUUCGAAGAGGCGAUCUUUAAUACAAUAGCGUGCAAAAAAUGUGAAUAUUCGCAUUCGGUAUAGUAGAGAAAUUUACGACACUUUUCUCCCCUCACUGAAGGAAAGGAUAGCAUUUUCUCGCAUAAGGGGGGAUGAUUGCCGGGGUGUUUUGCGUUUCUUCGUGUCUAAGAUAUUUCAGUCGUCAUCGAGUCGCCGGAAUAGAUGGAGUUCUCUGUGGAUCAGCAAUAUAGACUAAAUCGUCAAGUGUUGUCUUUUUAUGGAUUAUGGCCUUAUCAUAGCCAAACAACGAAAAUUCGAAUUAAACAGAUAUUCUCAAUUUUAUUUCUGAUUUACGCUACAGUUGUUCAGGCCGUCAGAAUCUUCAUGACAGAAUUAACAACAGAUUUUAUACUUGAUUGUCUGCCUAUUGUUAUUCCUAGUUUGGGUGCAGUAGUUCAAUUCCUGAAUCGUAUAAUAAUCAAUGAUAGACUGAAGGAUUUAUUCGAUCAAAUUAAAAUUGACUGGAAGUGUGCGAGAUCCCAAGAUGAGAUUGAAAUUAUGCAAACAAACAUUAUUAACACGAGACUGACGUCAAAAGUGUUUUUACGUAAGUGAAAUUUCGGUUUUAUUAUUACAAAGAAGUCGGGAGCUCUAAUACUUUACAUUCAUCGUUAU